AUGAUUAUACGAAACUGGCGUGACUCAAUUCCUUACGUCGGGCACGAGAGCAAAAUUAUUUGGCCCGUACUGACGCGCGCAGGGAACGAAAACGCUGAUCCACCCGAAGUCGCGUGUCUGCUGGGACUGAGCAACUUCACGCGCCAUGUCGUUCAAGGGCGUAUCACAACGGAUUACCACGACCAUCAAGACAAAGAACAGGUCUACUACUUCAUCAAAGGGCGUGGCAAAAUGUUGAUUGAUGGUCAGGAAUACCCGGUGACAGCGGGUGAUGCCGUGCAUCUCCCCCCCAAGACAAAGCAUGGGGUCAUCAACGAUGGCGAAGAUGAGAUUGAGUACCUGAACAUCAGUGCGCCUGUUGAGCAGUAG